GGACAGGGGACCGGAGCAGCCGGGCCCGGGGAGGAGAAGCUGCGCCCGGAGCGCAGGAGCUCGAGCAUCCGCCCUGCCGGCCCCGGCCCUCACCGUCGCCCCUGGAGACGGACACAGCCCAGCGGCGGCUCUGGCCACAACGUGGCUGCGCGCUCGCUGCUCCUUGGCGGCAGCCCCCGCCCGGCCCCCGCGAUGCGGCUGGAGGGCUGAGGCGGCGGCUCCAGCCACCGGGACGUGCUGCUGUUGGGACGGGGAGCCGAGGAGAGCAGGGGCAGCGGAAGGAGCUUCCAACUCCCCGGCCUUGCUGAAGACUUUUGCAGGAUGCCCAGGGAGGAGUUGUUGUUUAGUGUUUAGCUCACCAUCUUUAUAGCAACUGGAUACUCAGCUUUCCAAGAAGUACCUGCACGCCGGGAUCGUUGUAUUGCAUUGGGACUGCGCAGCUGAAUGCAUUUCUUGUUCAUUAGCGGUGGUAUUAAUUAAACGCGCUGCUUCUCCCCCUUCUGGAGCUUGGGGUCGCCUUUAUCUCUCGUUCCCGUUUCCCCCCAGACAUCAAAGCAGUGAUGGGUUGUUUCUGUGCUGUCCCGGAGGAAUUUUAUUGUGAGGUUUUGCUUCUGGAUGAAUCCAAGUUGACCCUAACCACCCAGCAGCAGGGGAUAAAGAAGUCAACGAAAGGGUCGGUUGUCCUGGGCUACGUAUUCCGUCACUUAAACCUCGUGGAGAUAGAUUACUUUGGAUUGCGUUACUGUGACAGAAGUCAUCAGACGUACUGGCUGGAUCCUGCAAGGACCCUUGCAGACCAUAAGGAAUUGAUAAACACUGGGCCACCAUAUACUCUAUAUUUUGGUGUUAAGUUCUAUGCAGAAGAUCCAUGCAAACUUAAGGAAGAAAUAACCAGGUAUCAAUUUUUUUUGCAGGUGAAGCAAGAUGUUUUGCAAGGUCGCAUGCCCUGUCCCAUCAACAUUGCAGCUCAGCUGGGAGCAUAUGCAAUUCAGUCUGAGCUGGGAGACUAUGACCCAUAUAAGCACACUGCAGGUUAUGUGUCAGAAUACCGAUUUGUUCCAGACCAGAAGGAAGAACUGGAAGAUGCAAUAGAACGGAUACACAAAACUCUGAUGGGUCAGGUUCCUGCUGAGGCAGAGCUGAAUUACUUAGGAGUGGCCAAAUCACUGGAAAUGUAUGGAGUAGAUCUCCAUCCUGUCUAUGGUGAAAACAAGUCUGAAUAUUUUUUAGGAUUAACACCUGUAGGAGUUGUUGUUUACAAGAAUAAAAAACAAGUAGGGAAGUAUUUCUGGCCUAGAAUUACAAAGGUUCACUUUAAGGAAAUGCAGUUUGAACUUAGAGUGCUGGGAAAAGAUUGCAAUGAAACAUCCUUCUUUUUUGAAGCACGUAAUAAAACUACAUGCAAACAUCUUUGGAAAUGCUGUGUAGAGCACCAUACGUUCUUCAGAAUGCCAGAAAAUGAGUCAAGCUCUCUGUCAAGAAAAUUCAGCAAGUUUGGAUCCGUAGGCUAUAAACAUCGGUACAGUGGCAGGACAGCUUUGCAGAUGAGCAGAGAACUUUCUGUCCAGCUUCCUCGGCCUGACCAAAAUGUUGAAAGAAGUCGUAGUAAGACUUAUCCAAAAAGAAUGGCACAAACACAACAGACUGGAUCCAAAAGCACAAAUCACGUUACAGCAAAUGUGGAAAAUGGGGAAAAAGAAGGAACCACAAAAAUUAUUGCACCUUCCCCAGUAAAAAGCUUUAAAAAGGCAAAAAGUGAAAAUAGUCCAGAAACCCAAAGAAGUAAAAUAAGUGCACCAUGGGAGGAAACUGGCCCCCAGAGUGGACUGUAUAAUUCUUCCAAUGACCGCAAUAAAUCACCAAAGUUUCCUUACUCUCGACGACGGAACCCAUCAGGUGGCAGUGAAAAUGAAUCUGGGCAACAAGUUAGAAGAAGGAAAGCCCAGUACAGUGGUGAAGAUUCAGAUUUAAAGCAAAGGAGAAGGUCACGAUCUCGUUGUAAUACAAGCAGUGGUAGUGAGUCAGAAAAUUCUAACCGGGAGCAUCGGAAGAAGAGAAACAGGUUACGGCAGGAGAAUGACAUGGUGGAUUCAGCUCCUCAAUGGGAAGCAGUACUGAGGCAACAAAAAGAGAAAAACCAGGCUGAUCCCAACUACAGGCGAUCCAGGCACAGAUCUCGAUCGAGAAGCCCAGAUGUACAAGCAAAGGAAGAGUUAUGGAAACAUAUUCAGAAGGAACUUGUGGAUCCAUCUGGCCUAUCUGAGGAGCAGCUGAAAGAGAUUCCAUACACCAAAAUAGAGACUCAAGGUGACCCAAUCCGUAUUAGACAUUCACAUUCCCCCCGAAGCUACCGGCAGUACCGGCGGUCCCAGUGUUCUGAUGGCGAGAGAUCUGUUCUGUCUGAAGUGAAUGCAAAAACAGACCUUGUGCCUCCAUUGCCUGUGACUCGUUCCUCAGAUGCUCAGGGUCCCAGCAUUCCAGCUUCACAACAGAGGCAAAAUGGGUCCAAAGAUAGCCUGAUAGAAGAAAAAUCUCAGAUAUCCACUAACAGCCUGGAUGGAAAACACAGUGCAAAGACAAUAAAAACUGUAUAUGCAUCACGCCUCAAGAUAGAGACUUGAUUGCCAUAACUGAGGAUGGUGAAUAGAUUCAGUUCCUUUGAAAUUGGGAAUUACACAACAGUUCAGAUACUCUUUAGCUGGAAAAUGUUUCUUUGUCAUAAGGAAAGAAGAAAAAUGUAAACUGGAGUGGUGGUAAUUUCCUUAAAUUUAAAACUCCAAACUGCUUGCUCUGAAGGGCGAUCACUGUUUUUUCAUCACUGGUCCCAGUUACAGUUGCUCACUUGAUUGCAAAGAAGUUGACUGGUUAGACAGUUGGAAGGAGAAGUGUUAAUACAAUUCAACAAUUGCCAGAUACUAUAUUUUCAAAAGAGGAACAGAGGAAUUGUCAUGACAGACCAGACCUUGGUCUAAUUAAUUCAGUUGCCUGUCUCCAAGAGGCCAAGACCGGAUGCUUCAGAGGAAGCAGUAAAGCCUUCAUAAUACUCUUGGCCAAUUGUGCAAUACUAUAUAAUAGCGAGGAAAUCUCUUCCUGACUCCAUCUGACGAUCAGCUUAUACCCUGAAACAUAAUAGCUCUUAUGUUUAUUUUAGCCUAAUGCAACUGCAGACACUGUUCUUGUUCAUAUAAAUGUUGAAUCCAUGUUUAGAUAAUUGCCACAAUCAUAUCUUGUGGCAUUGAAUGUCAUGUAAAAAUGAAUUUCCUUUCACCAAUUUUAAAUGUGUUGCCUUUUAAUUUUAAAUAACCUCUUGUUGUAUUGAGACAGUACUUGAUUAGCCUUCUCUGUACUAUUGACUAUUUUAUAUACCCCUACCACAUCUCCUCUUAAUUUUGGCCCUUGAAAACCACAGUGAAAAAUGUCUUGAAUGGCCCAAGGGCCAGUGUAAUAAGAUUGCCUAGUACACACAGACUAUAUAAAUGCUGGCUGGACAAAACUGUGCUAUAAAUCUUGGAAACACUUCAAAGUGGCUACCUAAGAUGGGGUUGGCUAACAGAGUUGGUUCUUUGGCGCAGGCUUCAUUGAUCUAGUCUUUUUAAGCUCUUCUCGUAUGAAAUCCCUCAAUAAUUCUAAUCAUUUGCAGUGCCCUUCUCUGGACCGUUUCUUCUGCUCACUCAUUUCUGAUGAGAAUACCAAAACUGAAUGCAAUAUGCAAAGUGAAGACAAUAUCAUUGAAUUAUCUAGUGGCAUCUUUUACUCUAUAUUCCCUUUGUAAAACAGUGUAACAUCUUGCUUUUUUGACUCCUGUUGCACAUUAAGCAUAUUAUCUUCAAUGAGCUGUUCUCACUGAUGCCUGGAUCUUCUGCUGGGAGGUUACGUCUAAUUUAGAACCCAUCAUUGCUUCUCUGAAUGUGCUUUACCUUGCACUUGUCUACAUUGAAUUUCAUCUACUAUUGUGCUAACCAGUUUCCUGUGUCAGCUAGGCUGUUAUGGAGUCAAGCAAAAUCCUUCCCAGGCCUGUAAGUAAUUUUGUACUGAGUAUAUAUUUGCCACCGCAGUAACAACAGUCUGGCAGAGGUUGACUAACCACAUUGUACACUACUUGUUCUUCUACAGUUUGCUCAGGCAGUCUACUCUUCCAUAGUGAUAAGUGGCUAUUUAGCCCUACUUUUCUAUGCUAUUGUUUAAAACAGUUUUUAAUCUAUAACAGGCCUUUACCUCUUAUCCUGCACUUACCAAGUUUCCUCAAGUGCCUCUUGAGAGGGACUUCAUAAGAAGGCUUGUGAAAGACUAACUUUAAUCUAUCAAGAGACAAGGUGGAUGAGGUAAUAUCUUUUACUGGACUAACUUCUGUUGGUGAAAGAGACUAGUUUUUGAGGUACAAA